AUGGCAGAAGAAGUGAGCAACAAACAGGUCAUUCUUAAAAACUAUGUCAUAGGUUACCCUAAGGAAUCUGACAUGGAAAUCAAGAAUUCCACCAUUAAACUCAAAGUUCCAGAAGGUUCUAAGGCUGUGGUUGUGAAGAAUCUUUACUUGUCUUGUGACCCUUAUAUGCGUAGCCGCAUGAGGAAAAUGGAGGGUAGCUAUGUUGAGUCCUUCACUCCUGGCUCUCCUAUCACGGGAUAUGGAGUGGCUAAAGUUUUGGAGUCUGGUGAUCCAAAUUUCCAAAAAGGUGACUUAGUUUGGGGAAUGACUGGAUGGGAAGAGUAUAGUAUUAUAACACCUACUCAGACUCUCUUUAAAAUUCAUGACAAGGAUGUGCCUCUUUCCUACUACACAGGAAUCCUUGGGAUGCCUGGUAUGACAGCUUAUGCUGGUUUUCAUGAGGUUUGCUCCCCCAAGAAGGGAGAAACUGUGUUUGUUUCAGCUGCAUCUGGAGCAGUUGGUCAGCUCGUUGGGCAAUUUGCAAAGAUGCUGGGUUGCUACGUUGUUGGUAGUGCUGGAAGCAAAGAAAAGGUUGAUCUGUUGAAGAGCAAAUUUGGUUUUGACGAGGCUUUUAACUAUAAAGAGGAGCAGGAUUUAAAUGCAGCUUUGAAGAGGUACUUCCCUGAUGGAAUUGACAUCUACUUUGAGAAUGUGGGAGGGAAGAUGCUUGAUGCAGUUCUUCUGAACAUGAAACUCCAUGGCCGUAUUGCUGUGUGUGGGAUGAUCUCGCAAUACAACCUUGAGCAGACUGAAGGAGUGCACAACUUGUUCUGCCUCAUCACAAAACGAAUCCGCAUGGAAGGAUUUAUUGUUUUUGAUUACUAUCAUCUUUACCCCAAAUAUUUGGAAAUGGUCCUUCCUCAAAUAAAGGCAGGCAAGGUUGUUUAUGUGGAAGAUGUUGCCGAUGGCCUCGAAAGUGCUCCCAGUGCUCUCGUUGGUCUCUUCUCUGGACGCAAUAUUGGAAAGCAAGUCGUGAUUGUUUCGCGUGAAUGAAUGUCACCAAUGGAUAUCUUUAAAUGGUUUAUUUGUGUUUAAUAAGCUUUCCCUUUUGGUCAAACUUAGUAGAGCUGUUUGUAUUUAUGGUUGUGAACGCUUUGAUUAUCAUCACUGGUUUUGUUAUUGCAUAGUGUGUUUGCUUAAGGUGAAAAGAAAUAGAUCAAUCGUUUUUGGCAAGUAUA